AUCAUUCACAUCAAUCAGGAGUGAGCUGAUUCCAUAUUUAGUGAGGAAGCAAUUCUCCUCACCAGCACCUUUGCAACAAGGGCAGAGCAACAAAGAGCAGGAUGAAAAGAAAAAGGAUCAGAAGUUAUUAGAUAUCUAUAGCUUCAUGAAGGAUGAUAACCUGUUUGACUUAGAUACAGACAACUUUUGGUGGAAUAAUCACAGAGGAGAUAUGAAUGAAGUGUUCCAUGGAGAGAAAGUUCGUUGCUAUGUUCAUAUCAUGAAAGAGGGGCUGUGCUACCGAGUAAACACUCUUGGACAGUACAUCGAAGCUAACAGACAGGUUCCUAAAAUGCUGCCUUUACUUUGUCCAGAAGAACAUCUAGUUCACAGCACUGCACAAAUAAUGGACAAAUACCUGGUUGGACCUGAUAGCAUCGUGGGUGCAUCUACACAGUGCGGAGAAAAGACUGCAAUUAAACAUUCUGUCAUUGGCUCUGGAUGCAUGAUCAAAGACAAAGUUAAAAUCACUAACUGCAUCAUCAUGAACUCUGUCAGAAUUGAGGAGGGGUGUAGUCUACAGAAUUGUGUCAUAUGCCAAAAUGCAGUGAUAGAGAAAGGAGCUGACAUCAAAGACUGUCUGAUUGGAAACAGCCAGCACCUGGAACCCAAAUCUAAACACAUUAAUGAAAUUAUUAUGGGUACCGAACAGCUGAUGGAAAUCUGAGUUUGGUGGACUUGGGGGUUGAUAUUCUUGCCACGUGAGGCAGCAGCACAAGUAGAUAUUCUGCUUCACGAGGAGCUCUGUCCUGGCAGCCUUCACACCGGCACCCUUUCCUGCUUCAGUUUUCCAU